AUGUUUAAAUCUGUGGUGAAAGUGCUCAAAUUUAUUAUUGAGGAUGGCUCCACUGAUAAUCUAGGUGAAGCAAAUAGGUCAUUGCGAGAAAUACAAUCUUUUGAGUUUGUAUUUCACCUAUUUUUCAUGAGAUCUAUAUUGGGAGCCACAAAUGACUUGUCACAAGCAUUACAGAGGAAAGACCAAGAUAUUGAGAAUGCAAUGACUUUAGUCAAAGUUUGCAAGGACCAACUACAACACAUGAGAGAGAAUGCAUUUGAAGCCUUGCUUGAUCAAGUAUCUUCCUUUUGUGCCAAACAUGAUAUCUUGGUUCCAAACAUGGAUGAUGCAUACGUAGCUCAAUGGAGAUCACAUCGGAGAGCUCCUAUAAUAACACACCUCCAUCAUUAUCGUGUGGACAUCUUUAUUCAAAUCAUUGAAUGGCAACUUGCGGAAUUAAAUCGUCGCUUUAGUGAGGUAAAUACUGAGUUACUUCUUUGUUUGACAUGUUUGAGUCCAGAUGAUUCAUUCAUAGCUUUUGACAAACAAAAGCUACUUCGUUUUGCUGAAUUUUAUCCUCAAGAUUUUAAUUCCCGAGAUCUCUUGGCACUUGAAGAUCAACUUGAGAUUUAUAUUACUCAUAUGCGUACGAUGACUGAUUUUUCUCAAUUGAAAGGGAUUGGUAGCCUUGCAAGAAAAAUGGUGGAGAAAGGGUUGCAUAGAACAUAUAAUUAUGUUUAUUUGCUUCUCAGAUUAGCCUUAACUUUACCGGUUGCAACUGCUUCUGUGGAGAGAGCAUUUUCUGCUAUGAAUAUUGUGAAAGGUCCACUUCGCAACCGAAUGGGAGAUCAAUGGUUGAGUGAUAGUUUACUUGUUUAUAUUGAGAAAGAUGUGUUUGCUUGUAUUGAUAAUGAAACUAUAAUGCUACGUUUUCAGAAUAUGAAAACUCGUCGUGGACAAUUGUAA